GCCACUUUGCAAAAAAAAAUGCGCUGUUAAAAAUUUUCUCGCUGACAACAAACGCGCUUUUAUUACCAUCGCAAAUAAUAAAUUGAUUUAAAAUGACAACGUAGUUGUGUAAUUAAAGUAUAUAUGUGCUGCAAUUGUUGUUAAAAACGUGCGUUAUUGCUUUACAAGCGGCCGCCGUCAAUAAAAUUUGGCAACUUUUUUUUACCGCAGCAGUCACUGCACUCAGAUUGUGAAAAUUGCAUAUUGGAAAUAAAGCGAGCAUAGGAAACAGGAACAGCUGCUAACCAUGGCGGACAUUGUUUAUCCCAACGGCUGCAGACCGUUGGUCGAGGAUCUGGGCACUGAUGAGCUUAUUCGACGUCUCAAGACACUGGCUAAUGUGCUACAGACCAUGGAUCAGGAUGAUAAUCUUCAUCAGCAGUAUAUACCUCUGGCAUUGCACUUACUGGACGAUUUCUUUAUGCAGCAUCCAUCGCGAGAUGUUCAAUUGUUGAUCGCAUGCUGCAUAGCGGAUGUAUUGCGUGUUUAUGCACCUGAAGCACCCUACAAGGAGCAGGAUCAAAUUAAAGCGAUAUUCAAGUUUUUUAUUAAACAAUUGCAUGGCCUCAAGGAUCCACGGGAUCCAUCGUUCAAGCGCUACUUUUACUUGCUGGAAAACUUGGCCUUUGUCAAGUCAUUUAAUAUGUGUUUCGAGCUCGAAGAUUGCCAGGAAAUAUUUUACGAACUCUUUACCACCGUUUUCAAGCUCAUCAACGAUCAGCACAGUCAUAAAGUGAAAAACUUUUUUCUGGAUGUAUUAAGUCCACUUAUCACCGAAGCAGAUAAUUUAUCAGUGGAACUUUUGGAUCUUAUACUGAUCAACAUUGUGGAACCCAACAAGUCAACUAAUAAGCAUGCACAUGAGCUGACGGAGCAGUUGCUGGUCAAAACUGGCGAUGCCUUUGAGGCAACCAUCAAAUUGUUCUUCAAUCGUUCUUUGGUCAUGGACAGGCCGAACUCGAAACUCUCGAUAACGGGCAAGAUCUAUGAUCUCAUCUAUGAGCUUAAUCAAAUCAACAGUGAUCUGUUGGUUUCAGUGCUGCCGCAACUGGAGAAUAAACUGCUCUCUACAGACGAUGCCGAGCGACUGAAAGCCACAACGCUGCUGGCGCGCAUGUUCUCCGAGAAGGACUCCCAGUUGUCCAAGAAGUAUCCAUCGCUAUUGCGCACAUUCUUUGGUCGCUUUUGUGACAUUACCGAGCCAGUGCGUGUGAAAUGCGUUCAAUCCUCAAUGCACUUUCUCCUUAAUCAUCCGCAUCUGCAGCCGGAAAUCACUGAGAAGCUGCGCUUGCGUCAUCACGAUCUGGAUGAACUGGUGCGCUAUGAGGUUGUCAUGGCCAUUGUGGAAACGGCCAAAAGAAACUUUGAGAUAGUCGUCAAGUCACCGGAAUUGCUGGAAAUUGUUCGGGAACGCACAAUGGACAAGAAAUACAAAAUCCGUCGCGAUGCAAUGAAUGGUUUGGGUUAUAUAUAUAGACGCGCCAUUUGCGAGCCAAAUGAUUUGAGUGCAGAGGUGAAGCAACAAGUGGAUUGGAUUAAAAAUAAAAUCAUGCACGGCUAUUAUAAAGUUUGUCUCGAGGAUAAACUGAUGGUGGAGCGACUGCUGAUAACCUGCUUAGUUCCGUAUAAACUGGCGCCCGAGGAGCGCAUGAAGAAGUUGUAUCAUCUGCUCGGUGAUCUCGAUGCGAAUGCCACGAAAGCCUUUGUGGAAUUGCAAAAGAAUCAAAUGAAGUCACGUCACACGGUCAGCGAAUGGAUUAAAUUGCAUCACUCCAAGGAGUUUACACCACGCGUGCUGAGCCAACUGGCUGCCAAACAGAGCACUAUUGCCAAAUUGCUGCCGGAACCUUUGAAAGCUAGUGAGUUUAUCACUCAGUUCAGUCAGCAUCUGCGCAAGGAUGCGCAAUUAUUACGCUGUGUCAACAUUGUGCUAAAACGGGAUGUCAGUUGUCGCGAGUGUGCGGAUACAAUGAGUGUGCUGCUCAAGAAAUUGGGUGCCCAUGUUAUGACGAAUCUGUACUACAACACUGUCAAGAUGCUCGUGGAACGUGUUGCCUCUGUUAUGGUGGAUAAGGAAUCAAUUGGAGUGCUCAUCGGCCUGAUCGAGCAGUGCAUUCAGGGCGGAGAUAUCUGCAAUGAGAUUGGAAUAUCACCACACGAAGCUGGCGAACGUGGCCUAAAAUUGUUAAGCAUGCUAUCGUAUGUGUUUUCGGCCCACUUCUUUACGGAUACCUCGCUACGUCGCCUGAUUGCACUACUGAGCUAUGACCAUGAAUAUGUUGCUCCACUUGUGUUGAAAACAUUGACACAUUUGGGUCGCUAUCAGCCGCUGAUUGAUGAAGCCAAUCCGGCCAUAUUGAACGAAUUGGCGCCCAUCUGCAAGGACUUUGCGCUGUUGGGAACGCCAAAGCAGGCGAAGCAUGCGGUGCGCUGCAUCUUUGUGAACAGUCAAUCAUCGUCGACGGCAACAACGGAUGGCGGUGGCAGUGCAUCCACAACGACCCAGACAGUACAUCCCAUAUUUAAUGAGAUCAUUGAGGAGCUGCGUCUUAAAUUGGCUCCCAAUUGUGAAUAUCAUCGUACAAAGAUUGUGACAUUGGGUCACAUUGCUUACAAUAUGCCGCAGGCAUUCCUAACACCCGUUAAGAAUAUGAUUGCCCGUCGCAUUGUCAAGGAGUUGCUCAUACAGGAGGUGCCGGCUCAACGGGAACACGAUCUGCCCGAUUCCGAUUGGUGUGAACAGGAUGAACUGCCACCAGAUACACUCUGUAAACUGGAUGCUCUCAAGACAAUGGCACGCUGGCUGCUUGGCCUGCGCUCCGAUGAGCAUGCGGCCCAGAAAACCUUCCGUAUGCUGGCGGCCUUUGUGAAUCAACGCGGUGAUCUCUUGGCCCAAAAUCGCCUGUGUGGCGCCGAAAAGUCGUGGCUACGUCUGGGCGCCGCCUGCGCCAUGCUCAAGGUGUGCGAGCAGAAAGGUGUCGGCGAUCAGUACAGCGCCGAGCAGUAUUUACAGCUGUCCCAGCUGAUGGAGGAUCCUGUGCUGGAGGUGCGCGAGAUCUUUGCGCGAAAGUUGCACAAGGGCUUGGGCAGAAGUUUGCCCCGUAAUUGUCUACCCCUCGACUUUAUGGGUUUCUAUGUGCUUAGCGGCAUGGAGACCAACAGAAAAUUGCAGGAUCAGAUACGCCACUAUGUGGAAGCGGAUGUAAAUAAACGACGGGAAUAUCUUAAAACUGUGGCAAUGACGUCUCCGGACAGCUCGACGGAAUCACAGUCGUUGCAUAUAUUACCUGAUUACAUGCUGGCCUUUGCCAUACCCGUGCUGGUCCAUGAUCCCAGCUAUACGAAUCACGAGGAUUAUGUGCAGCUACGCAGGAUGGAGAAGUGCUUACGUUUCAUACUCGAACCGUUGAUGGCGAAGCGGGAAUCAUUUGUGUAUAGCUUCUAUAAGCAGCUACUGCAGCUGAUCAAACAUCGCGAGUAUAGCCAGAGCUCGGAAAAGGAUAGAUUGCAAAAUAACUAUAAAAUGUGGGCGCUCUGUGAUCUCGCCAUGCACAUAAUCGAUGCCAAAGUUGGCCAAUGUGAUGGCAAUUCGAGCGCAUUCUCAAUGCCACUGGCGCUGCCUGAAAUGUACUAUAAACUGCCUGCCGUUGCAAAUUUCCAGAAUAAUGAAAUUUAUAUACCACUGGACGUCUAUACGCUCGGCGCCAGAUCUAGCAAAGCGACUGCAUCGACGACAACGGCAAUGUCAAAUGCAACUGCUGCUGGUUCCAAAAGAGCUGCAGACUUGGCGAUUAUGGAUGAUGAAAACUCACAGGAGAACAAUCUAUUUGAUAACAUACGUGCCGCAGAUACAACGGAGCCGAUGGCCAAGAGGACGCGCGGAGGUGCAGCAACGGCACCUAAAUCGUAGAGAAGGAGCGCUUACUUGUUAGUCUAGUAUUAGUUUAGGUCCUAAGUUAACUAAAUAUUUAAGAGUACUACGAUUAGAGAGCAUACACACACACACACCCACACACAAAACAACAACACCAGCAACCAGCAAACAAAUCCCUCAGCAGACCCGCUUGAAAUUCUUGAAAUCCUUUCCUCGUGUGUGGAUGGAUGAAACUGACCAGCCAACCAACCAAUAUGGCAACAUAACAAAUGCUGAUAGUGUCGUUUAAUUUUGUUACUUUUAGUUGUAAUUAUAAAGUAUAGUUUUUUAAUUUUAUUAUAAUAUUCUAUAUUUUGAAUUGUGUCGUAUUAUAUGCCCCAUUUCGGCUAAUUUUAAUGUCCGCCUUUGGCACUUCUAUUUUAAAAGCAAGCAAAAAAAACCAAUAAUAUUUUUUAGAUAUGUAACAGAGAAAUGUGUCGAAUAAAUGGAAGAAUUAUAAUGCAAA